AUGAAUGCGAGUGGAUCGUACAUUCCUCCGAUGCUAAUUUUUCCUCGAAAAAGACUCAUAGAUCAAUUAAUGAAAGGUGCUCCUCCUGGCAGCAUUGAUGGAGCAAGUGCAUCUGGUUGGACAGAUUCGACUUUAUUUCUUAAAUGGCUGGAGCACUUUGCUCUUCAUACAUCAGCAAGUAUUUCAAAUCCCAAACUUCUAAUUGUAGACGGGCAUUACAGCCAUAAGACUCUUGAAGCAACUGAUUUUUGUCGCAAUCAUGGGAUUGCAAUGAUAACGUUACCACCACACUGCACACAUAAAAUUCAACCACUGGAUCGAACUUUCUUUAAGCCAUUAAAAUGUAGCUACAACUCCGCAGCAGAUAGCUGGAUGCGCACUCAUCCAGGCAAGCGAAUAACUCUGUAUGACAUAACAGAAAUUUUUGCAACAGCCUAUGCAACAGUUGCUGCGGUGGAUAAAGCUGUGAAAGGAUUUGAAGUGUAUGGCAUUUUCCCAUUCAACAAAGCCAUCUUUACAGAUGAUUAA